UUUGCAUGUCGGCGGGUGCGAGGGAGAGUCGAGGGGUGGAGGGCGGUAUUCUGGGCCCUGCGCGCUCCGCUCUCUGUGCCUCCCGGUCUACGCCCAGGCUGGGGCAGACCAGGCUGGCUUGUGAACUUGGGGGUUUCCCCUUUCGCUCCCAUUCGUGUUGUGGUCGUGAAUUCAUCCAGGGUCCAGAAUGACGAUCCGACACCAAGGCCAGCAGUACAGGCCGAGGAUGGCAUUUCUCCAAAAGAUCGAAGCCCUGGUGAAGGACAUGCAGAACCCAGAGACGGGAGUCAGAAUGCAUAACCAGAGAGUCCUGGUCACCAGUGUCCCUCACGCCAUGACAGGAGGUGACGUGCUGCAGUGGAUCACCCAGCGCCUUUGGAUCUCUAACCUGGAGGCACAGAACCUGGGCAACUUUAUUGUCAAGUAUGGCUACAUCUAUCCUUUGCAAGACCCCAAGAAUCUCAUCCUCAAGCCGGACAGCAGUCUCUACCGAUUUCAGACGCCAUAUUUCUGGCCCACGCAGCAGUGGCCAGCUGAAGACACAGACUACGCCAUCUAUCUAGCGAAGCGGAAUAUCAAGAAGAAGGGGAUUUUAGAAGAAUAUGAAAAGGAAAAUUAUGAUUUCUUGAACAAGAAGAUUAAUUACAAGUGGGAUUUUGUCAUCAUGCAGGCCAAAGAGCAGUACCGGACUGGAAAGGAAAGGAACAAAGCCGACAGGUACGCGCUGGACUGCCAGGAGAAGGCGUAUUGGCUGGUGCACCGAAGUCCGCCUGGAAUGAACAAUGUGUUAGACUACGGCCUGGACCGCGUGACCAAUCCAAACGAAGUUAAGAAACAAACUGUCACUGCUGUCAGAAAAGAGAUCAUGUAUUACCAACAGGCCUUAAUGAGGUCCACAGUGAAGUCUUCGGUGUCUCUUGGAGGAAUUGUCAAGUACAGCGAGCAGUUCUCGUCCAAUGACGCCAUCAUGUCCGGCUGCCUUCCAAGCAAUCCUUGGAUAACAGACGACACCCAGUUCUGGGAUUUAAAUGCCAAAUUGGUGGAGAUCCCAACCAAGAUGCGAGUGGAGAGAUGGGCUUUCAACUUCAGCGAACUGAUUCGAGACCCCAAGGGUCGGCAGAGCUUCCAGUACUUUCUCAAGAAGGAAUUUAGUGGGGAGAACCUAGGAUUCUGGGAAGCCUGUGAGGACCUGAAGUACGGCGAUCAGUCCAAGGUCAAGGAGAAAGCAGAGGAGAUCUACAAGCUGUUCCUGGCCCCAGGUGCGAGGCGGUGGAUCAACAUAGACGGCAAAACCAUGGACAUCACCGUGAAGGGGCUCAGACACCCCCACCGCUAUGUACUGGAUGCAGCGCAGACCCACAUUUACAUGCUCAUGAAGAAGGAUUCUUACGCACGCUAUUUGAAAUCUCCAAUCUAUAAAGAAAUGCUGGCCAAAGCUAUCGAGCCCCAGGAAACCACCAAGAGAAGCUCCACCCUCCCAUUUAUGAGGCGUCACCUACGCUCCAGCCCAAGCCCUGUCAUUCUGCGGCAGCUGGAAGAAGAAGAGAAAGCUCGAGAAGCAGCCAACACCGUGGACAUCACCCAGGUCAUGAGCAAGCUGGACCGCAGGAGCCAACUCAAAAAGGAGCUGCCUCCUAAAUGAAUGUCUGUUUCCUGGGGUCGGGGUGGGAGUCGUGCACGUAGGAGAGGCUUACGCCCCCCACCACCCCCAAAAGGAGUAGCAUUUAGAAGGUCAGCAAAAUGUAGUGUUCAGAGUUCAGAGGGGACUUCCCAGAUCAAGGGUUACCUGGCUUUGUUUUCCUACUCCAGGUCACCAAGUUAGUGGCAGUGCCCAGCCACAUUGCUUUAGGGAGCACAUGUGUGAGAAGCAUAGGAGAAAACACAUUGUGUGCUACCUUAUCAAGAAACUGACCCUGUACCCUCCAAGGUUGCUUUUGCAGGAGCGUGUCUUUAGAAUAGCUGUGUGAAACUUCUCACCCCACCUCUCUAAUUUAGAUGCCACUUCUGAAUCUGCUUGUGAUCUGUCCACAGGGCUCUUAUAAGGCCCUUCCAUGGUCUCUCCUGCUACAUCUGCCUAGGGAGAGACACUUUUCCUAGUGAGCUUGUUCUUAGCCAUGGUGAUUUAUUUUCUUUCUAUUUUUCUAUCCCCUUGGGCAUAACGUAUGAAUCAAUAGCUUAUAGGAAUGAAAGACUCAGGCCAGAGGAGACAAGGCGAAAUGUCCUGUUGAGGGUAUCUCUUUGGCUAAAGAAGAGAGAAAGGCAAUGCUGGUUGUGGCCAGGGGAAGGAUGUAUCAGAUCCGUAUCAUAUAUACUUCUGGCAAUAUUUGCUAGAUUUCGGAACUACCUUUCUCCAUAGUUAUAGACUUUGCUAUCUCAGCACUCAGGGGCAGCUCAUUCCAUGCCUUGAGGUCCGACAAGGUUAUAUUUGAAGAUAAAUACCCCUUAAUUAUGCAAAGGAGAACAAGACUAGUGUAAGAGAUCAGUCUUCUAAAGUAGGAACAGUCAGUCACACAUUCCACACACUUAUUGAGUACCUACUAUGCGCGGGGCUUGGAUGAACAAAAGCAACACUGCUCUUCUCUUAUAGAGCUUGUAGUGUCCAGGUCUGACAAAAGAAGUUAAACUAUCAGGUAGCACUGGUGGCACAGCAGUGGGCCACACACUUGAGUGGCACGCUGUAGUGAGCAUUUAUUGUUCAUACGGACGGGGUCAUCUCCGCCGCUCUAUUGUUUCUCGGCUUGGUUUUCCCCUAUGUCUGGAGUUUGGCUUGCAGAAGCUGAAGCUGGCAGGGACAGGACAUGUCUUCUCUGCUUCGUGUGCCUCGUCCUCCAACAGCCCUGCCUAGGUGUGGUCUUAGGGUGGUGGCAGAAUUACAAGGGACAAAAUAGAGAUACGUGCAUGCCUAUGGCUUCCCAUGGUUUCAUCCAUCUUUUCUUGGCCAGAGAAAGCCACAAAGGCCUCCUAGAUUAGAGAAGUGAGGAAUCAGGGCUGGGGAUACAGAUAGCUGGGUAGAGUGUUUGCUUUCCAUGCAUAAAGUCAUGGGUUCAAUCUCUGGCACCAUAUAAAACCAAAGAUGGUGGUGCACACCUCUAAUCCCAGACCUCGGGAGGUGAAGGCAGGACUAUUAUGAGUUCAAGUUCAUCAUUAAAUGCAUAAUAAAUUUGAGGCCAGCCUGAGCUACAUGAGACCCCGUGUCCAAGCAGGGAAAGUGAGUAGGGAAAUGAACUCUAUUUUUUUUUUAGUAAAAAUAUGUCAGAGUCCCAUUGAAAAAUACAUGGAUUCAGGAAGUGUAUAAAAUUGUGUUCACUGUAGUAAUUGUUAACUAAAAACAGGAUAAAACCUGUUGAAUAGGUUACAAAGGGAAUGAGUAUGAUAGCAUGAUAAGGAAAUUGCGUUCCGAGUAGACUUACGCCUCUUUGAAACAGUGACAGAGGAACAGAAGAUGAGAAAGAAUUGUCACAGGGUGUGGACCAAGCAAGGAGAACAUUCCACAGAGAGAGGGACAAUAAGGACAAAGCCCAGGUGUGGGGAAUGAGUCAGAGUGAACUGAAGAGCCAGGUGGAUGGAGUUUGGUGAAUGAGGAAGAAAUGGUAUAAGACAAGACGAGAGGUGGGUGGGGACAGCCAAGAGAGGUGGGCGGGGCUGAAAGAGAUGGGAGUGGCCAGCCAAGAGAUAUGGGUGGGGCUGAGGGGCGUGGGCAUGCCAGAUCACUCAAGACUGUCUAGCCAAUACAAGUAGUUUGCCUUCAUUGGUUUCCUGCUACCAAGAUAAUCCCAGCCCCAAAGAGGAGAACAAGCACUUCCAAGGUUCACAAGUUACUCUGAGAUGUUACCAAGAGAACUGCUUUUAAAAUAUUCUUUUGAAUAUUUAUAUUGGUGUUCUCCAGCAGAAGCUUCAGUUUAUAAACUGAAGAGAGGGACAAGAAUCUAGCUUCCCUCUUGGAGUCUAAUGCAAUACCUAGCAAGUUCUAUACAUGUGUGUCACAUGACUAGAUGGAUGGAUGAAUGAAUGAAUAAAUGAAUAAAUGAAUGAGUGAGAGAAUGGAUGGAAGGAAGAAUGGAUGAAUAAUGGAUAGAUGGAAAGAACUCUGAAUUCUGAGGAAGACUGUUGGGCCCUGGUCCUAGUUCUAUCACAAGCCAUGUAGUUCUGAGCAACUCACAAGGCCUCUCUGCUUCCAACUCAUUUGUGGAAAGAGAGGCUCUCUCUAGAUCACUCUGUAAAACUGGGAUACCAAUUUUACUUGAAUAUUUAGAAUAGGAGGAGGAAAUUUCGGUAAUUUUUAAAAAUUUACAUUAAAACAACCAUAAAUAUAUUAUGAAAUAGAAUGCAAGAUGCGCAUGAAUUUUUCAGGCUAACGUUGGAGACAUCAAAGUUAUUUCAUGCUUGGCUAUGCAGGUUCAGGCGCUGCCCCUCUAAGACUCCAGGGAGGAUGCGUGUUUACCCAGCUCUCCUGCUGUUUGGCCUACUUAAGUGGGGGAGUUGGGGAAGCAUGAAGCCAGAGAAUGUUUGCUGUCCCUUCUAAUCAGUCCACAUGAGCUGAGAUCUCGCCAGCAGCAUGGUGGAACCAAUGAGUUUGUCUCGAGCUCCUCAGGGCAUGACUGCCUAGAUCCUGCUCAUAUUUGGUCUCUCCAUCUGCUGCCCCACUCCCCACACUUGUGUUUCUCAAAUCUGUCAUUCUCUGAAAGACAACAGUGUGCUGUUUCUGGUUCUGUCCCACAUAUAUAGGGAUCUACUCAGCGUUGGAGGUACGAGGUCCUAGGAUCAGUGAGGGUCAGGGGCAGUAGAGUAGGAGAGCGCUCUCUGCUCAGUGGGUGAAGAUAUAGAGGUCUGGACAUUACCAAAGGAUAGGUACAAGAUGGCAGCAAUUAAUUAUCCACAAUAAUUGGAGGAAGAGGAGGAGGAGAGAAUGUAUGUAAGUAGAGGCUAGAAUAUAUACUUAUACAUAUAUAUAAUUUAGUUUUGAGUCAAGGUCUUACUAUGUAGCUCUGGCUGGACUGGAACUCCCUAUGUCUACUGGAGUGGCCUUGAACUCACAGAGCUCUGCCUGCAUCUGCCUCCAAAGUGCAGGGACUACGGGUAUGUACCACCGCCAGUGGCUCUUAAAGAACAGUUUUGCUUUUUCUUUUUUUAAAAAUAAGGAUCAGUAGAAGAUUAUGGGGGAUAAAAAAUAUGCAAAGUGGUCUUUGUCCUCAGGGAAAAUGUGUGGGUGCAAAUGGCUGUACCAUGAGCCAGAGUGUGAUUAGGAUUUGUCUGUGUUUAAAACUUAAGCCAGAGUGGAGAGAGAAUCGUCUGACCCGAGAGAAGCUUUCUGGAGAUGUGAGAUCAGAAGAUGUGUCAGGCUUAGGUCAGGCGUGGUAGUGCACUCACCUUUAAACCGAGCACCGGAGAGGCAGGGGGAUGCAGGUUUCUAUGAGUUAGAGGCAAGCCUGCUUUACAUAUGGCUUCCAGGAUGGCCGGAGAUGUGUAGUGAGACCCUUUCCCAACAAACACAAAGAACAAACAAAUAGGAAGAGGUUCAGGUUCAGAUACCAGUUUUCUUCUGUGUGUUACAACCAUUCAUCUUUCCACAAUGCUAUCCCGUCUCUGUUCCAUGCCAAGCAUUGUACGGGUGCUGCAGUCAGGGACUGUGGUGAGGAGAAGAGAGGAGAGAGGCCCCUAUUGCCUACUUACAGUUAACAGGAAAGACAAGAGCUUGGGCAGUUGAAUUACAGGGGAGCCCCGUGAUGCAUUGCGAGGCCAUUGCAGGAACCACUACCGUGUGGAAGAGUAAAGACUUUAAGGUGACUAGAGGAGCCCUAGGGUAGGUAGUUGGUAUGCGUGAUUAGGACCAAUGGGUAACCUGGACUGCCCAUCCUGGCAGGCCCUAUUUACCAUCCAGCUCCCAGGACUUCAUGUCUGGGUGGCCUCAGAGUAACUCAACUAUGAGCUUCAGCUCUUUCCCCCUCUCACUCCUGCCCCACCCCAGUGUCAGAGCCUGAGUCUGACGGUGCUGUCUCAAGAUCGAUAAGAAGAUUCAUGGGCUUGGUGGCAAAGGUCCUGGAUAUUCCUUUCUAAUUCUUAGGUGUUGGAAGAGCAUCUGUAGUUGAUGCCACAGCUCCAAAGAUGGCAAUGGCUCCUGCUAAGUUGUCACCAUGAGCAAAGCUAACAGUAGCCCCUCAGGACCCAUUUAUAUCUCACAUAGCACAUACUCAGAUAAUGCUAUUACUGUAUUUAAAUCACUACAAUAGCAUUUAUUGUGUCGUGUCCUCAGACACCCUCUCAAUUUCUUAAUGGCAGAAUUUAACCACAUCACAAGCUUCUCUGCCCAUGGGGGCUAACUAUGCUAGAUUAUAUUAUUUUCUAAGGUCCUAACAUUUCCUUUGUAGGAUUCUAUUCUCCUGUUUGACUCUUACAGAAAACAUUGCUUUCACUGUGGGUAUUAAGUAAAAGGUGCAAGAGCCAGGGGCAGGAAAAUAAGGGCUAAGGUACUUAGAAUCAUGGCCAGCACAUCAGAAACACUCAACAAAUUUGGAUUGCUACCUUGUCACCACCAAAAUCAUCAUCCUUACCAUCACUGCUACUAACAUCAUUAUCACGACUAUAACCACCAUCACCAUCACCACCAUCAUCCCAAUCACCAUCCCCAUCAUUUCACCAUCAUCACCAGCAGCAGCAGCAUCAUCAUUAUCAUCCCAAUCACUGUCACCAUCAGUACCAUUCCCAUCGUCAUCACUAUCAUCACCAUCGUGGUCAUCGUCAUCAUCGUCAUCGCCAUCACCCUGUCACUACCAUUGUAACAAUCCCUGUUACCAUCACUCUCCACCACCGUUCCCACCAUCUUCACCAUCCGAAUCAACUUUCCCAUCACCUCCACCACCAUCUCUACCGCCACCACUACCACCGUAACAGAAACAGCCUCAUCACCACCGCCAUCACCAUGAUCACCACUACUACUUUUACCACCAUACCGAUUACACUCCCUGUACGCUUUGUGGUCUCGAAGUAAGCUGCUGCUUCCUUCUGUCAGUGCUGUUCAACACGGUGACCUGUUAUUCUUUUGGUUUAUGUAUAAACUGAGCCACGCUUAAAUCGUUAUCAUCCCAAACCGUCUUAGCCCUCUGCUGCCUCCGUGUCCUCUGUGAUCUCUAGACAGCAUUAGGUUAUGUUUGAGGUAUUACAUCCUCUAGUUACAGCUUCUAAGAGAGGACUCAUGAGUAACAAUGUCAGGACCAGCAGACCUUCAUCUCCACAAUCUAUGGCUGAAUCAAGGGUCAGUCCCAGUAGGAUGGUCUUGCGCUAGACUGUGUUCAGUGGGAUGACUAGCUAAAGAAAUGACAUGGUCACCUAAGUUGUCUUUUAUGGGACCAGCUUUACUUGCUCUUGGAGAAGAGGGGGAGGGGAUGACAGGAAGAGACUGAAGGGGGCUGGGUCCUUGCAUUCUGAACUCAGCCACCGGUCUUUGAUUUCUCAGCUAGAUUCUAAUGGAGCAAGAAUGAGUAGGGACGCUGAACCAUCUGCCUUGUCUUCCAUUAAAAACUCUGUGAUUGUGUCUUCCUGUUAUAAUGUGCUGCCUCAUUUCAUGCUCCUGCCAUCCCUCUCUCUGUUUCCACGCACAACAAUAAAAAGAAAAGCUGCUCGCACCAGUUCUAAA